GUGGCCUGGGUGGCCGCCGGCUGGCUGGGGGCUGGCCCUGGGCUGGGGGCGGCGUUUGCUCCAUUGCCGGAGUUGCUGGCGUGUCCGGGCUUGGAAGCUUUCAGCCGCGAGAGGCUCAGGAGGUGACGGCGCCGCUCCCGGGCCCCCUGCUCCUCUCCGGCCCCUGGACCCCGGGACCCUCCAGCUGGCUCAGCACGGCUCAGCCUGGCUCAGGAGGGCGGGAGCCAGGGAGGGGGCCCCCUCGGGCUCGCCUCCCCGAGGGAGGGGGUCGGGCCGAGGAGUCGGAGCCGAGCAGCCCUGGCCCCGCCGGAGAGGAGAAGUGAGAAGUUGUUCCCGCUCCGGGGAAUGCCGAGCCCCUCCCUCCUCCUCCUCCUCGCGUCCGGCUCCGGAAACCUGGGCCCUCCUCUCUGACGGCUCCCGGGGCCCCUCGUGCCCUGCGCUCGCGCCCUCACUCCUGCGCUCCCGGGCCAUGUCGCUGGUGGGUCGCGCGGUAUGGCGAGUGGAGCGGGCCGGGGGAGGCGGCUGGCGCUGGGAGAGGGCGAUCGGAGUAGACUGCAGCUCCCCGGAGCCGCGCUGCCUCUGGCUCCCGAGCCUCCGCCACGAAGACCGGCGGCUGUCGGGGCCCCACCGUCGCGGGACAGCGAUCAGGGGAAGGCCUUCACUGGGCCCAAGAGAUGCGUGCUCUCCCGGACCCCCCAAUCUCUGGCCAGGGCCCAGGACGCUAUUGCUGCGCAAGAACCCCCGAGAUGGCUUUGGCUUCACCCUUCGGCACUUCAUUGUCUACCCACCAGAGUCAGCUGUGCACUGUGGUGUUAAGGAGGAAGAAAAUGGAAAUCGAGGAGGGCCCUCCCCCCGGAGCCAUCUGGAACCCAUGGACACCAUCUUUGUCAAGAAUGUGAAGAAUGAUGGCCCUGCCCACCAGGCUGGGCUUCGGACAGGAGAUCGUCUGGUGAAGGUGAAUGGUGAGAGCAUCAUUGGGAAGACCUACUCCCAAGUUAUUGCAUUGAUCCAGAACAGUGAUGAUGCCUUGGAACUCUCCAUCAUGCCCAAGGAUGAGGACAUCCUCCAGCUGGCUUAUUCCCAGGAUGCCUACCUAAAAGGGAACCAGCCAUACUCUGGAGAAGCCCGGAGCAUACCAGAGCCACCUCCACUCUGUUACCCUCGAAAGACCUAUGCCUCACAGGCCCGGGCCUCGUCCCGGGUCACCAUGGUGUCUGAGCCCCACUCGGCACCACCCACUGACCACUGGCGCCCUUCUCCUUGGAGUGAUCCUGGCUAUCGAGCCCUACCAUCCUGUCCCCAUCCAGACAACGCCUCUUUUGGGAUGAGCCAGCCGCGCCCCAACCCUAGUGCCUUUCCCCGUCUUGCUCCUGAUCCUCGAACUCCCCGUGCCUUCCAGGACCCUGGGGUCCGGGCACCCCCAAGCAAACUGGAGUGCCAACAGGCAUUAUCCCACUGGUUGUCAAACCAGGUACCUCGGAGGAGUGGAGACGGCCGGUGCCCAGUUAUGCCUCCUCGUGCUCGAAGCGUCUCCCAGGACCGGCUGGGAGAUGUUGUGGUCAAUAGACCAUGGCCCUGCUCUGCCUCCCAGGAUGCCCUGUGCCAUCUGGGGCACGAAGGUUGGCAUCGGGCUCGAUCUGAUGACUACUUAGGUCGCUUUGUCCGCUCUGCUGAGGCUCUAGGGCCAGGGACUCUGGUAUCUCCCCGAUUUGAGCAUGCUAGCUGGGUGCCCCAACGUUCACCAACCAGACCCCCUGCCUGCCUGCCCCAGGACCCCCCAGGCCCGAAACCCCCAGCUCAGCCCACUCAUCCCAGCUUAGAUGAUACAGGUUACAUUGGGUACCGAAGCUAUAGCCCCUCUUUUCAGCGCCGGACUGGUCUUCUUCAGGCCCUUUCCUUCCGGGACUCUCCCUUUGGAGGGUUGCCUACCUUCAACCUCCCCCAACCAUCUGCCCCACAUUCAACGGAGUCCUCAGAGCCACUCAGGGUUACCCGGACAGAACCCAACACACAGGCACCAGAGCUGCCCACUGAGGAACGGAGGGAGGAGGUGGUGCUCCGACAGAAACCACCGACUGGGCGCAAGGCGCAGCAGCCUCCCCCCAGGCACAUGAACUUUGGGUUUGGUGAUGAGGCCUCAGAAUCUGAGUCAGGUGGGCAAGGAGAGCAUCCAGGCAGGAGGGUGGCACCAUUGGCAGCUGCUGAAGACUCACUGGCAUCCAUUCCCUUCAUAGAUGAACCUACCAGCCCCAGCAUUGACCUAAAAGCCAAGCAUGUACCAGCCUCCGCCGUUGUGUCCAGUGCCAUGAACUCAGCCCCUGUCAUGGGCACCAGCCCAUCCUCCCCAACCUUCACCUUUGCCCUUGGCCGCCACUACUCCCAAGACUGCAGCAGUAUCAAAGCUGGCCGACGUUCAUCCUAUCUUCUGGCCAUCACCACGGAGCGCUCCAAGUCAUGCGAUGAUGGCCUUAACACCUUCCGGGAAGAGGGCAGGAUCCUCCGUGCUUCUUUCUCCAGACGACUCCCUAACCGAGUGCCCAGCCUUCGAAUGCUGCGAAGUUUCUUCACAGAUGGGUCCUUGGACAGUUUGGGCACAUCAGAAGAUGCCCCCUCCAAGAGGCACUCAACCUCUGACCUCUCAGACACGGCCUUUAGUGAUGUCAGGAGAGAAGGCUGGUUAUAUUUUAAGCAGAUUCUCACCAAGAAGGGAAAGAAAGUGGGUGGUGGCCUGCGCCAGUGGAAACGUGUCUAUGCUGCGCUCCGGGCACACUCACUCUCCCUGGGCAAGGAGCGGCGGGAGGCGGGCACGGCGGGCGCAGGUGAGGAGGAGACGGCGCCCGUCUGCAUCAGCUCGUGCCUGGUGGACAUCUCCUACAGCGAAACCAAGAGGAGGCAUGUGUUCCGGCUCACCACCGCUGACUUCUGUGAAUAUCUCUUUCAGGCUGAGGACCGGGAUGAUAUGCUGGGUUGGAUCAGAGCGAUCCGGGAAAACAGCAGGGCCGAGGGCGAGGACCCUGGCUGUGCCAAUCAAGCUCUGAUCAGUAAGAAACUUAAUGACUACCGAAAAGUAAGCCAUAUUUCUGGCCCCAAAGCAGACUCCUCUCCCAAGGGCUCUCGAGGAAUAGCGGGGCUCAAAUCAGAGCUCCUGAAGCAGAAUGCUCCCCGAUCUCCCCGGACCCAGGAUCCUCCUUCAGGGACCAAAGAUGACAGUGCUGCCACCUCAAGAGCCCCCUGGGGCAUCAACAUCAUGAAGAAGAAUAAGAAGCCUUCUCCAAGGGCAUUUGGGGUUCGUCUAGAAGAGUGUCAACCUGCUGCUGACAACCAGCGGGUGCCCCUGAUUGUGUCAACGUGUUGCCGGAUGGUGGAGGCAAGGGGGCUUGAGUCCAUGGGUAUUUACCGAGUGCCGGGCAACAAUGCUGUAGUAUCUAGUCUGCAGGAACAGUUAAACCGAGGACCGGGAGACAUCAACCUUCAAGAUGAGCGUUGGCAAGACCUCAAUGUCAUCAGCAGUCUCCUCAAGUCAUUCUUCAGAAAACUGCCAGAGCCCCUGUUCACUGAUGAUAAAUACAACGACUUCAUCGAGGCCAAUAGGAUUGAAGACUCCAGAGAGAGAAUGAAAACACUGCGGAAACUGAUUCGGGAUCUUCCUGGACACUACUAUGAAACACUCAAAUUUCUUGUGGGGCACCUGAAAACCAUCGCUGACCACUCGGAGAAGAACAAGAUGGAGCCCCGUAACUUGGCCCUGGUGUUUGGGCCCACGCUGGUGAGAACAUCUGAGGACAACAUGACGGAUAUGGUGACUCACAUGCCCGACCGGUACAAGAUCGUGGAGACGCUGAUCCAGCACUCUGACUGGUUUUUCAGUGAUGAUGAAGAAAAGGGAGAGAGAACUCCAGUUGAUGAAAAGGAAUCCCAAUCAGUGCCCAAUAUAGAGUACCUCCUGCCCAACAUUGGCAGAACAGUGCCCCCAGGAGAGGCAGGUUCCGAUUCUAUCAACUGUGGUUCCACUAAGUCCAAGGGCUCGUGGGUCCCAAAGAAAGAGCCGUACACGCGGGAGAUGCUGGCGAUCUCCUUCAUCUCGGCCGUCAAUCGAAAACGCAAGAAGAGGAGCGAAGCCAGGGGACUGGGAAGCAGCACAGACGAUGAUUCGGAGCAGGAAGCCCACAAGCUGGGGGCCGGGGUCCAAGACGGCCCCGGAGGGCAGCCGCCGGCCCCCAGGGACGCGGGGGCGCCGAGCCGCCACAGCCCCCCGAGGAGUUCCAAAGAGGGGACUGGGGAGCGGCCUGCCGCCGACACCCGCUCCAUCGUCUCCGGCUACUCGACCCUGUCCACCAUGGACCGCAGCGUGUGCUCGGGCACCGAGGGCCGAGGCGGGGGCGGCGGGGGCGGCGGUGACGAGGCGGACGACGAGCGCAGCGAGCUGAGCCACGUGGAGACCGACACGGAGGGCGGCGGCGGGCCGCGCCCGGGGGCCGAGGGCCGGCUGCCCCGGAGGCCCUCCUUCAGCACCCAUCACCUGAUGCACUGCGACACCCUGGCCCGCCGGCGCCUCUCGCGGAGCCGGGCCGAUGGAGACGACGCGGGCGCCGGGGGCCGGCCCUCGCACUCCCCCGGCGACCUCGCCGGCUCCGCCUCGUCCAGCAGCCAGGAGUCGCUGCGGCCGCCGCCGGCAGCGGGGGGGAAGGCGGCCCUCACCGCCCGCCCCUCGCUGACGGAGCAGCUCCGACUGCGGCUCCGGGGCUCGGCCGACGACAUGUUCGGGGUGAAGCUUCGGAGGCCGUUGUCCCCCGAAACCCGGAGGCGCCGUAGCAGCUGGAGGAGGCACACGGUGGUGGUGCAGAGCCCGCUGACCGACCUCAACUUCAAUGAGUGGAAAGAGCUGGGGGAAGGCGGCGGCUCCUUGACCCCGGGGGAGGGGACCCCGGCCCGGCCCCACAGUGACAAUAAGGACUCGGGCCUCAGCAGUCUGGAGUCCACGAAGGCUCGGGCCUCCUCCGCCUCGGCCUCCACCUCCCUGCAGCCCCAGGCUGGAGAACCGGCCAGCUCGCGCAGCCAGGCGCCCCGGCGCACAGCCACGGCGCGACUCCACCAGUGUCUGUGACCCCGGCGCCCACUCCUGCGCCAUGGAGCCACGUUUUUGUUCCCCUGAUUCCUCAACUCUAGGGCCUGGGGCAGCCGUUUCUCUCUGUUCUUGUGAUUCCCAAACUUAAGAUCUUGGGGUGUAGGGGCAUCGUCUGUUUCUCCCCUCCACAGUCACCUUUCUUUUCCUGCUUGGCCAAAUGGGGGUGGGAAAGGCAAGGGAGGGCUCUUGCGUUUGUGUUUGUGUGCUGGAAUUGGUCAGAGAGAAGAAAAUGGGAAGUUGGGGGCCGAAGUGAGGCAAUGUGAUGAGGACAGGGAUGGAAAGAGAGAGGGAGGAGAGAGAGCAAUUCAGGGAGAAGAGAGAAGCAGAUAAGCCCUGGACAAAGAAGGGAGGGGAAUAUAUGAAAGAUGGAUAAGUGGGAUAAAAUAGAGACAGUUCGAGGCGUUCUGUCUGUCCGCUUCUGUGUACCCCCUUGGAGCCUUACACUCAUGAGCCUAAACAUCCCCCUUUUAACUCUGCUGGGGAAGGGCGCCCCCUGGCUUUAUUAAAGGAAAGCUGAGCGAUGCCAGUUGCUUAUUUCGCCCCUUAACCUGACCCCCAGGACUAGUCGUGGAAUCCCGAUUCCUGAGAAUUAGGGAUGGGAGUAAACUUUCGCAUCUCCUAAAGGAAGCUAUUGUGUGUAGGGGCUGGGGAGAGCAAGUUAUUACUCUAAGUGGAUGUAUGCCGUGUGUGUCUGUAUUUGUGUGCACUGUAGUCCCAGCCAACACAUUUCUGUAGCAGUUUACACCCAGUCCCCUGCUGUCUAUAAACGUCCCUGCUAUGUCGACCUUCACCUGCUUCUUCCUGACCCCAUGCCAGCUUUGCAAACUGGGCCAUCAUUCCCACUUUGUCCCCUGCUGCUUGUCCAAGUGAGGUCGGAGGGAGAGAAGGGGGCUCACAACCCCGAGGCAGAGACAAACACUGGGACUUCCCCUAACUAAGCGUUUGCCAAAUGUCUCUCUCACUCGAAUCACCACCCCACGAAGGGCUUUGACCAUGGGGAGCUGCAGUAGCAAGAUCCCCAGACAGUUAGUUAGUUUUGGGGGGGUGCAGGGGGCAGCAUCUUUAGGUGCCUCCUUCUACUUCCUUCUACUUCUGUUUUAUUCUUCCAACCCGGUCUGCUCAUGUUUUGGGGACUUGAGCAUCUGGGACACCUUUUCCCUCAGGGGACAGGGAUCAUCACUACCAACACUCACCUCCACAUCCACAUCCUACUGGCUAAGAAGUCAGGUUGUUCCCUUCAAGGUGGGUGGGUAGGGCUGCCACCUCUCUUCCCUAUAUUGUAAAUAGACUGAAAAUCAGCAGAUGACUCCAACCCACUCCAAAAUCCAGUCAUUCCAGGGAAGCCUUGAUGGGAUUUCACUUUCCACGGCUGUCAGUUCUGUUUUAUGCAAAGAUUUGCUGUAAAGUGGAUUUCUCCCCCCUCUUUUUUUUUUUUGUAAAUAUUGUCUUUAAAUGUGUAACAUAUUAUAAAGAAUUUAUAAGGAUUUUUAAAGAUGUUUCACUCAUUUAAAAAGUGCUGUAACAGUGUUGGAUAAAUUCCACUUUCUCCCCCAACUCUCCCCCUCCCAACUCCGCAUGUCUCUUCUUUCCAUGUGUCAUUGGGACACCUUUCUUUAGGCAACAACUAAAAAUUUCUGCUUCUGAAAAAUCUUGUCUUAAAAGUGCAGUCUAUAUAUUGGAAAUAAAUGGCCUUCUUCAAAGAG